CAGCAGCCCGCGCGGUACCCAGGGGUCCUCGAAGCACGGCGGCAGCAGCAGCAGCACCAUGCCCAAGUCCAAACGGGACCGCAAGGUCUCCCUGACGCGGACGCCCAGGAAGGGGUUGGAGGCCAAGCAGGCGCUGAUCGCUGAGCUCCGGAGGUGUGUGGAUACCUACAAGUACAUCUUCGUUUUCUCCGUUGCCAACAUGAGGAACAACAAGCUGAAGGACGUGAGGAACGCCUGGAAGCACAGCAGGAUCUUCUUCGGGAAGAACAAGGUGAUGAUGGUGGCACUGGGCCGUGAGCCAAGCAGCGAGUACAAGGAGAACCUGCACAAGGUCAGCAAACACCUGAGGGGUGAAGUUGGUCUCCUCUUCACCAACCGCACCAGGGAGGAGGUGGAUGAGUGGUUCUCCAAGUUCAAACAGGUGGAUUUUGCCCGUGCAGGGAACAAAGCAACAUACACAGUGAGCCUGGACACGGGGCCCUUGGAGCAGUUUCCCCACUCCAUGGAGCCACAGCUGCGGCAGCUGGGAUUGCCAACAGCACUAAAGAAAGGAGUGGUGACGCUGCUCUCAGACUAUGAAGUUUGCAAAGAAGGGGAUGUUCUCACCCCAGAACAAGCCCGUGUCCUGAAACUCUUUGGCUAUGAGAUGGUGGAGUUCAAAGUCACCAUCAAAUUUCUGUGGAAUUCUGAGACAGGAGAAUUCCAGAAGCUUAUGGAAGACUCCAUGGAACAGGAGGAAGAGGAGGAAGAGGAGGAAGAGGAUGAUGAUGGUGACAGCAAUGAGGACUAGCAGCAGUCCUUGAGCUUGGCCACCAGGCAGUUCUACUCUAUUUUAGAGACAAAACAAGAAGGGUGUUUCUCCUCCCUGUUUGCACCCAGAGGACAAAAUAUGCUUUUAUGUUCUUCAUAAGAGAUGACCUAACUAUAAUUUUUUUUUUUUAUAAUAUGAAUCUAUAUAUAAAACUUGUUA